CGGUCGUAUCGUCUGCUGCAUGAAAAUACGUUAACACUAACAAUAAACGCACAGAACUUUGUAAUUGUUACACUGACAUGUCGCCGAACUAAGGCUCGCACACGAAAUUAUUGCGCAUAUUGUCCCAAGAAAUAGUAGGCAGUUAUUUACCGUGCAAGUCGCUAUCUUGUUAAGAAGUAGAAGCAUUGGAUAAGGUAUUCUGCGCUCUAAUUUCGCUAGUUUUCUGCUUACGCUACUGCACUAGCAUAGAAUACGCCAGUAUCGAUCGUCGCCACCAGAAUAAUGUCUUUAAUCUUAUAAACUGAUUGUGUAAAGAAAUAAUAUUUUUAUAAUAAAGCAAUAGUGUGAAGUGACAGAGGAUACUUCGUAGUUGAAAAUAAGUGGUAACUGGUAAAGUCCGUUACCAACUACUAAGCACUUUUGAGAAUGCAAAUAGAUGAUGUUGUGAUCGCGUUAAGUUGAGAUGUUGGAGAAACGUGUGCCGUUUCCCAAAUUGAAAUCCUGCGAGGAGAUUUACAUCGUGUCGCACCUGGACACUAAGAUUUAUGCCCAGUUAUGCAUUUUCCCGGAGCAAAUACUCACAGAUAUUAGUGAUGAAAUUUCAAAAUUCGCGCCGGCUGGUGCAAAAUUUCCUAACGAUGAACCCUCAGUAGGUGACUUGGCGGUCUUUGUCUCUCAAGGCAUAUCAAUGCGUGUCGUCGUUGUGGAUGUAUAUAGCACCAAUGUUUGUAUGGUCGAACUGCUCGACCAUGGCGGGCUCCAAACAGUUGAAAAAAGUUCACUCGAACCACUGCACGAGGAGUUAAUUGAAAAGUGGCCACGGGUGGCCGUCCAGAUUAUGCUUAAGGAAAGCUGUCACGUUGUUGAUGACGAUAUAAGGACUCUUGAGGAUAUUGAAGUGAUUACUAUACAGGGAGAAUAUUGUCUCCAUGCUCGCCUUAUACCGAAAGAGCUUCAAGACCAUGCCAAGCUUGUUAAAGCAUUCUUUCCCGAAGAAGAGUGCGUUCUGGUUCCUUCCCCUAAACUCGAAGAAACAGAGCGCGUGAUCCUCGUUGAAAUCAAUGAGGCGAAGGGGGUCGUUGGAGUUCAGCUGAUUCGUUCUGACUUGUCUGACAAAUUUAAUGAAUUUGAAACCGAGGUGCAAGAGAAAGCUGAAAGGGCGAAAUCUAUGAAAAGACGACCCAAGCGAGGCGAAUACGUCCUGGCGUUCUCGGCUAUCGAGCCCUCCUGGUGUCGGGGGCUAGUCACGACCGACACUAACGAGGACAGAGAAAAAAACGAUGAAGGUCGAAUAGAGGUCGAGUUUGUCGACUAUGGCUCCUUCGAACAUGUGCCUGUUAGCAAUAUCAAGGCACUCAGUGCCGAUUUAGCCAAAGUCGAGGCCUUUGCUGUUUUACUCAAGUUACCUGAUCUAAAAAAUGUAGAAGUUGACGCGGAACUUGAUGUCAGAAUUGACCGUGUCGAUUCGACUGAUUCACUAUCAAGAACUUGGGUAGCCACUCUAAUCGAUACGUCAGGGACGACUGAAAGUAGUCCUGCGCCCGCUCACAUCCCGACGACGACGACAACAACAGCAGUCUCAACCGUCUGUGGAACAACAUCAGGAAACUCAGACGGAGUGCAUACAACAAUACCGGCACAAUCUCCAAAGGCGUCGACAGGAAGCAUGAGUUCAAUGAAUGGAGCGAUAACACUGACAGAGGAUAUUCGUGACACAGAAGACGUAUUUGUGUAUUUCAUCGGUGUUGAUUCGACUUACGGCGUCCAGCUUAAGCGUGGUAAUGUUGAAGCAAUGGAGGAACUAUUACACGAAUUGAACAGUUCUUCCCGAGCACCGUUUAAGUCAAUAAAGAAAGGAGAUUUCGUAGUUGUGGAGAUCGACGGAACAUUUUGUCGGGCCCUGGUUCUAGAUAUUAACGACGGUAUCGCCACUGUCCGUUGUGUUGACUACGGCUCGAUUGAUGAUAUACCCGUUGAAAAGAUAUGGCCACUGGAUCCAGGCUAUGCAAGCGACACGCCGUGUAUGGCGUUUCAUUGUGUGCUGGAAAACGCAUCACCAAAGUUAGAGUUGAAUAAGGAAUACUCCCUAAAAAUUCUUUCCCGGUCAGUUCCGAAAGGAUGCGGCAUGUCACUAUAUUCCGUGGCCCGUAUUGAUGGUAAACAGGAUGAUAGUAAAACUCUUGACGGUAGCACUAUCGAGUUGCCUCCCCGAUCCUAUCCGCCUUUGGAGUUGGGCGCUGAAGAAGAACUCUGGGUUAACGAGAUCGAUCAGGAUAAUCCGACAGUCAUUCCUGUUCAGCUGGGAAAGUAUAACAUCAAUGAACUUUGCGACCUCAGCCUUAACCUCACAAUUAAGAUGCAAAACGGCAGAAUACCUGUACCAAUCAACGAAAUCUCAAAGGGAACCUUGGUAGCAGUUCGAAUAGAAGACGAAAAUUCCUGCGGGUUUUACCGUGGUAUUGUCUGCGACCUAACGAGUAGUGAUGCUCUCGUGAUGCAGGUCGAUUAUGGUGUACUGUCAAAAGUGCCGAUUUCUGAUCUCGCACUAUUGCCUGAUGAAUUUGUGGGGUAUCCUCAAUACGGUUUAAGGUGCAGUCUUAAGCCGGAUCAGUUAUAUCUUGCAAAGGAAACGUCUUUUAUCGCUACGAAGCUAGAAAAAUGUCAAAAGGACGGUAUUGCUGAAUACUCUUUCGAGUUGAAGUCUGACCAAAAACCAAAAAAGGAAAUUCAGAAAUCGGACGAACCUUUAGACACACAGACACAAAUGGAAGAUGUAUCGAGUAUCGAAGGCAAAUCUGAUGCCGCCAUAAGAUUGGAGGAAAGCUCUGAGCAUCAUAAUGAAUUAGUGAAAGGAUCCACUGGGAGCAUAGCUAAUCAUGGCAGCCGUGUGUCUGUAAACGACAAUGUAGUCACCGGAAAAUGUUCUCUGGAUACCACUAAUCAUGAUAAUGAUGAUGAGCUUGCAACAAAUGUUAAAUAUCCUGUAAUCCUUGAUCAUGCCGAAAGAAUGUACAUAACUGUAGAUGACGGCGCGCAUAUUGGACUACAGUUCUGUCGAGUGGACGAACUUGAAUUGGAGAAUCUAAAUCAUGCCAUGACGAAUUAUUAUAAGGCGCGUUCAACCAAAUCAGAAGACAAAAAUGUUCAAGUUGGUGACCUGGUCGCUUUCUGUGACGAGGGCUCGUUCUACCGCGGAGAAGUAACUAAAAUUCAUGAUAGUGAGUACACCAUUCUUUCUUUGGAUUAUGGGUCGAUGCACGUUGUCCCCUGUUGCCCACCGCGAUUAAUCAAACGAUUCGCAAACCUCGACCGGCUCGGCAUUCGUGUUCCACGGACGCGCUUCACUGAAACGGUUGACGAAUACGUUGACGUGAUUCUAAAGGAGAAAAAUUGCACUAUCGCUGCAUACCAUCCGGCAGCGUUAGAAGAAGACGUUGCCGCAGAAGAUCCGAGCUCUGAACAAGUACCUUUGACCAACGGAGAUGAAGCUAAGGCCGUUGUUGCUUGCUCGAAAUCGCAAGAAACAUUGGAAAAUGAGGCAUCUAACAAGAAAGUCCUUAACCCAGAAAAGGAUGAUACAGAAAGCACUAUUGAAAAUCGCAAUGAUGUUAAAGAUCGCGAAGAGAUAAAAGAUGCGUGUUUGGUAAAGCCAGACAGCCCCGUAGAGCAGGCGCAGCCUAUUGAAGUGGGCCAGCUUUCCGCGAAAAGUAGAGAUCAUGUGAAUGGCAUCGACCAGGUUACUCUAGCCCAUGUUGAAGAUGACUACUUCAGUGCGUCUGCGACAUCCUUGGUUGCCACGGAAACGAGCUUUGAUGUAUUUGUUACAUGGCUCUACAGCCCUACUAAGGUUUGUGUCGUAAAGCAGUCGAUGGCUGAAGUCUCGCAGAUACUCUCUGAUCGAAUGGCGGUACUCCAAAACGCAACCGACCUUCGGGUUAUUCAACCUACCGUAUCGCAACAACUACCUGUGCCGAUUGCCGUGGCCCGUAUUGAUCACCCACGUACGGUGUUUCAUAGGGUCAGACUGCUUUCGUUCGACGAAUCAACAAAUCUAUAUUCUGUUUUCUUAGUUGAUACUGGCGAAGUUACUCAGGUGCCCGGUAAAUCUCUGUUCGAGCUGCCAUCGACAGUUUCGUUAGAUCAGAUCCCUGCUCUAGCGAUCAUUUUGAACCUUCGAGCAAACGAUCAUAGAGUUCGAGUUGUACAUACGCAGAAGCAACCUCGAGAAAUUCUACCGAUAUUCGAUGGGAUUCUUCGCUGCCAUUUGUUAAUGUCUGGUGCUGACGAGGACGUCCCAGGCGAGAUUUGUCAUCUAUCAGUGCUGUGCAAUGAACGCGGUGAUAUCGUUCCACAGUUAUUUGAAGAGGGUAUGGCGACAUUUUGGAGUCCGCGGUUCGUGAAAAACACAUUGUUGCUGCCACGAAACGGCAAUGAGGUAGAGUUCGUCGAUGCGCGGCUUCUUAAAGUUUCCCGCAAAUAUCUAAGGUUACAAAAAAGUCAAGACUCGAGAGACACCGUUGACGAUGGAGACAGUAGCAAAAAGGGCGGACAAUUGCGGGCUACUCUCCAACUGUAUGCCGAGCGACAGCGUAUUGAUGAGAUUUUAGAGAAUAUUAACAAAACUGCUUUGACUCCCCUAUUCACACAUCAUGUUGGCACUCCAGCCAUUAUUGAAGUUCCUGUGUCCAUACUACAGUCUAAAAGUGAAGCCGAAAAACCCAGUCGAAGCGACCGGAAGUGGGUUCGCGGUAAGGUCGUGGCUCGGCAUACGCCUGUGCAUUACACUAUCAGGCUUAUAGACUACGGCAUUGAUGUAUCUUCCCUGGUAAAACAAACUUUUCGGUGUCCAGCUAUUGCAUUGCAUGUGCCUGAAGCGAUAGCGGAAGUGACUGUAAAAACUUCCAUUACGUCGCCCGUUGCGGUGUCUUCGUUUAAUUCGGAAGCCGCUUGUAGCCCGACCAACCUGCAAGACACGAUCAACCCGGCGUCAGAUCAGGUUUUAGAUCGGUUGGAGAGACAGCUACAGAAUUAUUGUGGGAAAGAGGUCAUCGUUCGUUGUAGCCUUCAGAGAAUCAUCUCCGUUUGUGUCGAGCUCUUCGACAGCGACGGCAACAGCAUCUUCAUGUAAAGGAAAGUGAAGUACCCUGCUCAUGCUGCACUAGUCGCACUUCGAUAUUAUAAAUUGUCUGAAGACCUGCCAAAUCACAAAAACUGCCUGUACAAAGAUAUACGCUUGAGAUAAACUUCAUUUCGAAACAUGAUUUGUCGACUGAGGAUUCUAGAGAAUGCUACUUCACAGAAUACAGCAGAAGAGAUAUUUUUGGGUUAUUGAUUUAAGUCAAACCAGAAUAGACUUUGUAAUUGGAGAUAGCGUUUUAUUCGUGUACGUAUGCGUUUAGGCAAGUAUAUAUCGAAGAGGAUGCUGCGCGCAAUUUGUAUGUAGUAUAAGCUUGCAUGAAAAUUCCUUUUUUGCAUACGUCUUGUACAUCUCUUUUGCCGAGUGAUUUUUUACAUUGUGUAAGAUACCAAGUAAUCUUGAAAUGGUACGGUUCUACAGACAUUCUUACUAGUUAUCAUUGUUUAACUAAAAGGAGUUUGAGUGCUGACUAAGUUCAUGCCAUUACCGUCUAUAGUUACACUAUUUGCAAUCAUCUUCCAGUUACAAGAAUUAUGUUAAUUUAUAUUUCUCAGCAACAACUUUUUGAAGAUCCAAGUUUACGACCAAUAAAUUCAAAAACUGGAACGACGUAGUUUCCUUGACUAGUUAGCUCAGGUGUUUAGCACGCAAUAAAUGUAUUGAGUAAUUAGUUGUAAUACGAGUGACUGGCAAGAAAAAGAAAUUGUAAAUUCGAAAACGUUUACCCAGGAACGUGCAAUUAAUGUAUUAAUGUUUCCACCGAAAAUCUUAUAUGCGAAGAUGUAUAAAAGGUAUAAAAUGAUCAUCGCUGUAAUCGGGCUACAUUAGCUACAUUUACUUAAUUUGAGUAUCAGUCUAGCUAAUUCAUGUAUAAAUUCAACAAGCAUGUCGUAUAACAGAACCAUCAUUAUUUUAGCCUUAAGAAAAACGCUUUCCAAUUAA